AUGUCAGGCCCACCAUCGACUUUCACCCGCCUACCUGCAGAAGUUAUAGUCCAGAUCGCACAAAGUCUCAACGACCACAACUCGCUAGUCCGGCUCGGUCGCGCAAACCGACGACUCAACAACUUACUCACACCCCUCAUCUACUCCAAAUUCUCCACCAGCUUCGGCAAAGAAACACUCUUCCUCCGGACCCUGACAUCAGAGCCGCAGCUCGCGGGCCAUGUCAAGCAUCUCCGCUGGAUCGACGAAUCCGACAACUGGGACGAGGACAAGGAAGAAUAUGAGACGGAAAGUCGCCAGAAAAUAGCUUCGAAGCUCUCAUCCCUACCUUCCCUCUUCCACAAACAACUCGCCAUCGCAGUCGAACAUGCCGUAGGCGGCACCCUGCACGUCUCCUUCCUCGCAGCCGCGAUGAGCCUAACACCUUCCCUCGAAACGCUCGACGCCACCUUGACAACGAGUAAUUCGUCCCGCAUCCGCUGGAACGAGGCUGUCUGGAUAGGCGCUCCACAUCAGUUCGCCCAUCUCCACACCAUCAAGAUCAAGCUCCGGCGCUCGUCGGGCAUGGAUCUCAACCCCCUCUUUCUCCUCCCUGCAGUCCGCACGCUCGACAUGACGAACGUCGACCGCCUGAAAUCCGACCCGCAGAAAACAAUAUGGCUGCCGCUGCCGGAGAAGUCUUCGAAUGUGGAAACGCUGCUUUUCAGGGAGAGUAACAUCGAUACUGACAUAAUAGUCCCAGCGAUAAAGGCGUGCAAGCGGCUGCAGACGUUCCUCUUCCAGCACCACAGCAAGUGGAGUCCGUUGCGGAAGAUCGACAUGGCGCAGCUGAGUUCCGCACUGCUUGUGCACCGCGACUCGCUGCGCGAUGUGGGCGUCAUGGAUCGUCUUAAGGAGGAGAAUGAAAGUGCUAUAGUGGAUGACUUAUUCCACUUACCUCUUCUGGAGAACUUGCUUCUCCCGUUGUGUAAUUCCCAUGUCAAGGGCAGGACGGCGCUCAGACUGCCUCCCAAGACGCGCUGGUUUGCGCAGACGGUCAAGGGAGAUAGGAAGGCGUUUGAGGGGUUUCUGGCGCUGUGUUCGCGGAGCGUGACGCAGAUGAAGGUGGAGAAUCCGCUGUUGCAGAGUGUGACCCUGUGGAUUGCGGAGAAGGAGUUUGCGACGAGUCUGGUGACGUAUAUGGCUAGGCAGGCGUGUAAGAAGGAGGGGGUCCAGUUAGAGUUGAGAGUGCUUGACAAGAAGAGCGAUGUCAGCACUGCGGUUGUGGAUUGGGAGAGAGGUGUUCCGGAGCACACAUGA